AUGACAAUUGACGUCUUGCUGCGGAUGGCUGAGGUCUAUAGGAGGUCUAGUUGGAAGUGGCAGUUGUUGCCCACAGGUGGAAAAUUGGAAAGUGCGCAGUUGUACAACUCUCAAUCCACGACCUCAUUGCCGUCCCGUCCUGACAACACCGUUGCAAAGAUGGGUCGAGUUAUCCGCAACCAGCGAAAAGGCCGUGGGAGCAUUUUCACCGCUCACACUCGCCUCAACAAGGCCCCAGCCAAGUUCCGAACUCUCGACUACAGUGAAAGACAUGGUUAUGUGCGAGGUAUCGUGAAGGAUAUCAUCCACGACCCCGGCCGAGGCGCACCUCUCGCCAAGGUAGAAUUCCGCGAUCCUUACAGCUUCAAGAAGCGAGCCGAGACAUUCAUCGCAAACGAAGGCCUCUACACUGGACAAUUCAUCUACGCCGGAAAGAACGCAUCGCUGAGCAUUGGUAACGUCCUGCCUCUUGGUCAAGUUCCCGAGGGUACGGUUGUCUCCAACGUCGAAGAGAAGAUCGGUGACCGCGGUGCUUUGGGCCGAACAUCUGGCAACUAUGUUACCGUUAUUGGACACAACCCAGAUGAGGGCAAGACCCGUGUCAAGCUGCCCAGUGGUGCGAAGAAGGUCAUUCUCAGCUCGGCCAGAGGCAUGAUUGGUAUCGUUGCAGGAGGUGGACGAACAGACAAGCCAAUGCUGAAGGCAUCUCGCGCGAAGCACAAGUUCGCUGUCAAGCGAAACUCCUGGCCCAAGACUCGUGGUGUUGCCAUGAACCCCGUCGACCAUCCUCACGGUGGUGGUAACCAUCAGCACAUUGGUAAAGCCUCAACCAUCUCCAGAUACGCUGCACAAGGUCAAAAGGCUGGUCUCAUUGCCGCCAGAAGAACUGGUCUGCUCCGUGGUACCCAGAAGACGAAGGACUAAACGUGACGAUUGCAUGGGGGUGCGGAAUUCGGCGUCAUUGUAUUAUGGUCACCUGGCGACUUGCAACAUAGUCUUGAAAGGAGGUCAAAGAAUCUGGCAAGUAGGAGGCCAGCGCGUGGAAAAAUCUAUCGGAAAGACGAAGCUCAUGAAUGCCGAGAUUUUGAGUGGAAUGAUACCAAGUUUCAUCAAUACGUCUUUUCCAUUGACACUGUUUGUGGAGGCAGACAUAGCCAAAAAAUCAUCAAAUCCGUAGUUAGAUGCAAUCCAAAAGUGACCGAUCUCUGGGUGUCGUAAUUUCGUUG